CUGUGACAGUGAAGGUACUGCGUAGUGUGUCUGUUAAUUAAUGAUAAGACACUUCACAGGGGGCAGACUAUAUUUCCCUGCACUGUUUACAGCACAGCAUUUGAGAGCUGGGUUUCGGAGCACAUACAAUGACGGAAUCCAAUGGUGUCCAGCUCAGAGACAUAACCCACCUUAAUGGAAAUGGUGUGUACAACGAGGCUUUUGAAAUAGAGGAGGACAACACUACUGAUACUAGCAGUGUCAACAGGGAGACUAAAAAGACUAAAAAUGGACUGGGAUCAUACUUCAGCAAAGUUUCCAAACCGAUUAAUGCCACAGAGGAUUACAUCAAGGCUCAUGCACAAACCUUGAAAUACGUUGUGCUUGGCAUACUUGGAGCAGGUUAUGUGGCAUACUUCAUUGCAGCCUGUGUGUUGAAUUUCCAGAGGGCCACCGCCCUCGUGGUCCUCACCAGUUUGGGUAUUGUCAUUAAAUCAUAUGACCUUUUGAAGGAGUACAAGGGAGAAAGCAUCAGCCAGUGUUUCAGACCUGCAGUUAGAUGCUUUAAAUCUAACUUGAAGUGGAUAAAAUGGAUUUUCAUCGCAGUGGUUGUGGCCCUGCUUGUGGUGUGGCUUGCCUUAGACACAAGCAAGCGUCCUGAGCAGCUUAUCUCAUUUGGAGGUGUGUGCAUGUUCAUCGUGCUUGUAUUCCUCUUGUCAGCACACAGGGCGGCGGUAUCAUGGAGGCCUGUGUUUUGGGGUCUCGGGAUACAGUUCGCUAUUGGCAUUUUUGUUAUAAGAACACAACCUGGACUGGCAGCAUUCAAAUGGCUUGGAAAACAAGUGGAGACAUUUCUGAAGUAUACUGAACAAGGGUCAGGAUUUGUUUUUGGGGAUCUGAUCAACAUUUUUGCCUUUCAAGCUUUGCCCAUUGUUGUGUUCUUCAGCAGUGUGAUGUCAGUCCUUUACUUUUUGGGGAUAAUGCAGUGGCUCAUUCUGAAGAUCUCAUGGAUCAUGCAGAUAACGAUGGGAACCUCUCCCACAGAGACCUUGAGUGUGGCAGGCAAUAUAUUUGUUGGGCAGACCGAGGCACCGUUGCUGAUCCGCCCUUAUCUGAAGGACAUGACCAAAUCUGAGAUCCAUGCUGUUUUGACUGGUGGAUUUGCCACAAUUGCAGGCAGUGUCAUGGGGGCAUUCAUCUCAUUUGGGAUUGAUGCAACGUCCUUGAUAUCUGCCUCUGUGAUGGCUGCUCCUUGUGCAUUGGCCAUCUCUAAACUUUCUUACCCAGAAACAGAAGAGAGUCGCUUCAAGUCAGACAAGAAUAUUAAAGUGUCUGGUGGUGAUGAACAGAACAUUCUGGAGGCUGCUAGCAGUGGAGCAUCUGCUUCAAUAGGUCUUGUUGCCAACAUUGCAGCAAAUCUGAUAGCCUUUAUCGCCAUCCUUGGGUUUGUAAAUCAAGCUUUAAGUUGGCUGGGAAGUAUGGUGGGACAUCCUGAACUCACAUUUCAGCUUAUUUGCUCUUUCGUGUUCAUGCCUGUGGCAUUCAUGAUGGGUGUGCCAUAUGAGGACAGUUUUAUUGUCGCUGAACUAAUUGGCACAAAGCUCUUCCUCAACGAGUUUGUGGCUUAUCAGGAAUUAUCGAAACUGAAGAGCAACAGACUCAAUGGACUUGAGGAAGUCAUUGGAGGUGAAAGGCAAUGGAUAUCUGUCAGAUCAGAAAUAAUCACCACUUAUGCUCUUUGCGGGUUUGCCAACUUCAGCUCACUGGGUAUUGUGAUUGGAGGCCUAUCCUCUAUUUGCCCAUCCAGAAAAAGUGAUAUCUCGUCUCUGGUGAUGAGGGCUAUGCUUACUGGGACUUGUGUAUCUCUCGUCAAUGCUUGCAUUGCAGGUAUCCUCUUUAAUCCUUUAAUGCCCAGUUGUGUGGAGCUUUUCAGUACGACUAAUGUUUUCAAUGCCACAGAUGUAAACAUACAAACCUGCUGUGAAGACCUCUUUAAAAGCACUAUAAACAAUGGGACCAUUUCAUUUGAAGGAUCGUGGAGCACAGUAGCAAAUGCAACUGUGUUUCUCUCUAAAUGCUGUCAGUGUUGUGGUCUUUCUGCUGUGGUUUGUUAGUAUAGGAGAAAAAUACAUAGCACUAUCUGUAUUUAUACUGUAAUUGAUUUGUCCCUUCAUGUUUGUAUAUUUUUGUCACGCUUGUAUUUAGAAAUGUAAAGCAUAUAUUUUAAAAAUGAAUGUAUCUUGUAUCCAUGUAUUAUAUUGUAAAAUAAUUCAGUUCAUCAGCUUUUAUUUAAAGCCAAGUAUUCAAAUGACACACUUUCAGAAAUGUACGUCAGGAAAUGUAAAUGUAAAUAUUUAAAAUAAAAUUAAGUAACUAAAUUA